AUGAUUGUCUCUCUCGCAAGCUCAAUUGCCUUUUUUGCGCUGGCCACAGCCCAUGGUGACCACGGCCAAUCCCAGCUUGCGGGCCCACACCAGGGACUUUGGUACAACACACUACCAGGAGAUGGUGGUACACAGGCGGACUCUGUCUUUUCCGGGAUCUCAACUUUCGGGCGUCUUCCCUACUUCCCAUGCCUGUCUAGUGAUGCUGAGAAAUACGACAUCGCCUUCCUAGGUGCCCCGUUCGACACUGGAACCUCAUACAGACCCGGCGCACGGUUCGGACCCAGUGGUAUCAGACAAGGCUCUCGGCGCCUGAAUCUCUAUGGUGGAUACAACGUCCCAUUAGAGGCGAACCCUUUCACCAGUGACAUGCGGAUCAUGGAUUGCGGCGAUGUGCCUGUUACUUCAUACGACAACGCUUGGGCGAUCCAGCAGAUCGAGGAAGGGCACAAUAGUGUUCUAAUGCGCAAGCCUUUCACGGAUGCAGACAAAUUGGGCCUUUCGCGAGCUGGCAAGACUCUUCCUCGUGUCAUCACGCUCGGUGGUGAUCAUACUAUCACACUUCCCUUGCUGCGGAGUAUUAACAAGGCCUAUGGACCUGUCACAGUCAUCCACUUCGACAGUCACUUGGAUUCUUGGAAGCCCAAAGUUUUUGGAGGGUCUCCCAGCCAGGUCGCUGCUAUCAACCACGGCACAUACUUCUACCAUGCGGCGAUGGAAGGAUUGUUGAAGAACGAUACUAACAUCCAUGCUGGAAUCCGUACAACUCUCUCCGGGCCCUCUGAUUACGAGAAUGAUGGUUACUGCGGGUUUGAGAUUGUCGAGGCCCGAGAGAUUGAUGUUAUUGGGACGGACGGUAUCAUCAAGAAGAUUCGCGACCGUGUGGGGACAGACAACCCGGUUUAUCUCUCGAUCGAUAUCGAUACUCUGGACCCUGCUUGCAAGUCUUCCUUUGCCCCCGCUACUGGUACACCAGAGACUGGUGGUUGGUCUACUCGCGAACUGCGAACGAUCAUCCGAGGCCUCGAUGGGUUGAACUUUAUCGGUGCAGACAUUGUGGAGGUGGCACCCGCGUAUGAUACCAAUGCGGAGCUGUCGACGAUGGCUGCUGCAGAUGUACUAUAUGAGGUGCUUACAAUCAUGGUCAAGAAGGGGCCUUUGUCUCUUGGUAAGUCGUCUCACGAACUGUGA